UUACUUCCGCCUUCCUGUUGUGUCUGGGAGUUGACGCUGUGGAGUUGCUCCGUGUCGAACAGCGUCAUAACGUGGCAAUGAUCUGAAUUAUUGUGGAAUUAUUUCGGAAUUGUUUCCCCACAGAGCUCCGCUUUUUCUCGCACGCUAAUCUGAGGCAGAUAGAAAGUUCUCGAAGACGGAAUCAUGCAGUUUUCUCCCAGCAGCGGAGAUUUUACCUUCGUCUCCUCCUCUGGGGCUGAAGAACUGAGUGGGACGAUCGAUGCCCCAGACAUUAAGCUGAACAUGGGCGGUGAUCAGAGCCGAGACGCCUACGCCGCUAACUUCCUGCGGCAGCGAGGCUACGGGUGGCUGCUGGAGGUGGAGGAGGACGAGGCUGAGGAAACCAAACCCUUACUGGAGGAGCUGGACAUCGACCUGAAGGACAUCUACUAUAAGAUCCGGUGUGUGUUGAUGCCGAUGCCGUCUCUGGGCUUUAACCGGCAGGUGGUCAGAGAUAACCCGGAUUUCUGGGGACCGCUGGCCGUCGUGCUGCUUUUCUCCAUGAUCUCCAUCUACGGACAGUUCCGCGUCGUGUCUUGGAUAAUCACCAUUUGGAUCUUUGGAUCGUUGACUAUCUUCCUGCUAGCCAGAGUGCUCGGGGGAGAGGUUUCAUACGGUCAGGUGCUGGGUGUGAUCGGAUACUCGCUGCUCCCGCUCAUCGUCAUCGCUCCCUUACUGCUGUUUACCGGAGCGUUCGAAAUCGUCUCCACACUCGUAAAGCUGUGUGGCGUGUUCUGGGCGGCGUACAGCGCUGCGUCGCUGCUCGUCAGUGAUGACUUCAAAACGAAGAAGCCGCUCCUCAUCUACCCCAUCUUCCUGUUGUACAUCUAUUUCCUGUCCCUGUACACCGGCGUCUGAUUGGCCGACAGAUCUUCAUCGGCACUUUACUUGGAUAUUGACUCAGACGGACGCCACGGGACGGGGACGAGUCACAUGAUGCAGACGACAGAGCAUGGAUUUUUAUUUUAACUUUUUGUCCUUUUUGGUGUACAGAGUUACUGUGUGUAAUGUCCCAGAUUCACUUUAGCUUUUAUGAAGCGCUCGAGCUCACUCGGGUUCUGCUGGUUCUGCCGCUCAUGGGUCUGCCUUCUGGAGCGGAGGACUCUGUCCCUUAUCCCUGUCCUUCGUUAUAAACAGACAGAAGGCUUUAUUUCUGUGAUCUCUUGCGGUUUCUGGGAGUUUUUCUGUACAGAAGAAAAAUUUCCUCUCCAGUUAAAGCACGUCUUUGCUGAUUUCUGUUUGCGUAAAGAGGAAAUGCGUGUGAAGACCGCGUGCCUUUUACGACCGGUUUUAUACCGCUGGGUUUAUUUUAUCAGAUAGUAAACUUGCAGGCCAGAGCAGGAGAUUUGUAAAAUAACUCCGUAAAUGAUGAUAUAUUCAGCAGUUUUAUGAAAGACACAGCAGAAUUUUCCUGAUGAUAAUCUACAACAUUGUGAUGUUCAUGUAUUAUUAUUAUUAUUAUUAUUAUUAUUAUUAUUACUACUAAGAUUAAAACAUUUAUGUCUCA